AUGACCUAUAUUGAGACUGUAUUUUUGCAGCGACUCGAUGUACUCAAAUACAGUAUAGUACCAAGAUCGCGUAAUUGUCGCGGAUUACAUUAUUUCGUGAUUGUUCAUGUACGAGCAGCUGACAAAUUAAUACGCGAGCAGUGGCGUAGAACAUACGGCCAACUUCAGCGCGAGCAUAACUUCACUAUUAUAUUCGCUACCGGAUUAGCUCCGAAUAAAUCACUCAAUGACGAUUUGAUGGAUGAGGCAUUUCUUCAUGGAGAUUUAUUACAGGCUAACUUCAGCGAUACGUAUAGAAAUCUUACUCUAAAAGUAAGAUUGAGUUUAAUCUUCUUCGUUCUCCGCCAUUCCGUUCAAAUUAUUCCCAGAAGCACUUCGAUGUACGUGCGAUCAGGUACUAAGCCACAAAAAUAG